AUGUCGUCUGAAUAUCUGAAUCUUGAAGAAGACACGUAUUCGGACUCCGCUUACCAGGAGUAUAAGCAGGGAGACGAUCUUGUCGAAUGGAUAAAAACACACAAAACGCAGGAGUAUGUGCAUUUGGACAGUAAAAAUUUGAACAAUGAUCAGGUUAAAGUAAUUGUAAAUGAACUAAAAGCAAACAAGCAGUGGAAGUAUGUUAAUUUGAGUGAUAAUAAAAUAUUAGGCGGCACAAGUGGUCAAUAUUUAGCGGAUGCAUUAAUGGUAAACGAAGGAUUGGAGACACUUGAUCUCUCAAAAACUUCUCUGUUAGAUGAAGGUCUACAACUAAUCAGCCGUUCGUUGAAAAUGAAUACCAAGACUCAUCUUUCCGAACUCACUUUGGUCGGAAAUGGAAUUACGGAUGUGGGCUGCCAGUAUAUUUCAGAAAUGCUAAUGGAGAAUAUAGCAUUACAUAACUUGUAUCUUGAUAAUAACUUAAUUGGUGAUGCUGGACUGACAUCGUUGGCAGUAGCAGUGAAAAUAAACAACACCAACAGCAACCCCGGUCUAUCGCACGUAUCUAUUAAAAAUAAUAAAAUCAGUGACAACAGCGUCAAUAUUAUUAUUGACUUGUUCGAAAACUCUAGGUUAGACCAAUUAAUUCUAGAUGGUAAUGAAAUAUCUGCUGAGGGAAUAAAGAGAUUGCGACUAGUAUUUGCUGACAAAUUAUAUGCUGAAAAUCUUAUUAGUUUAUCAAGAAAUCCGCCUGAGGCAGGCGGUGUUCAGGGAGGCGGUUAUGCCCUGGGACUCAAGGGAUAG